GCGGAUAUAGUGAAUGCGGGGUCCGGGGAGAGCGGAUAUAGUGAAUGCGGGGCCCGGGGAGAGCGGAUAUAGUGAAUGCGGGGUCCGGGGAGAGCGGAUAUAGUGAAUGCAGGGUCCGGGAGAGCGGAUAUAGUGAAUGCGGGGUCCGGGGAAAGCGGAUAUAGUGAAUGCUGGGGUCCGGGGAGAGCGGAUAUAGUGAAUGCAGGAUCCGGGGAGAGCGGAUAUAGUGAAUGCGGGGUCCGGGGAGAGCGGAUAUAGUGAAUGCAGGGUCCGGGGAGAGCGGAUAUAGUGAAUGCAGGGUCCAGGGAGAGCGGAUAUAGUGAAUGCGGGGUCCGGGGAGA